AUGUUCAAGAUUUCAAGACGAACUUUUUCAACAUUUAGGCCGUUACUUCAUGAAAAUCCUCUAGGCUUACCAGGUCAUAAACCAGCACCUACUAUACCCAGAGCACAAAGAGGAUUACCAAAAAAGAUGCCCAUUGCAGGUGUAAAGAAUGUGAUUGCAGUAGCUUCAGGAAAAGGCGGUGUGGGUAAAUCGACAACAGCAGUCAAUAUUGCUCUUGCAGCAGCAGGCAUGAAGAUGAAGGUGGGUAUUUUAGACGCAGAUAUUUUUGGUCCUUCUAUACCCAAAUUGAUGAAUCUGAAAGGAGAGCCUGAUUUAACCGAGAAAGGUGACCGGUUGGUGCCUCUGACCAACUAUAACGUCAAAUGUAUGUCCAUGGGAUUCUUGGUUGAUCAAGAAGCGCCUGUCGUGUGGAGAGGGUUGAUGGUCAUGAAGGCAUUACAGCAGUUAUUGCAUCAAGUAGACUGGGGUCAAUUAGAUUUAUUAGUAAUAGAUAUGCCACCAGGCACGGGUGAUGUUCAAUUGACCAUUAGUCAACAAGUGGUAGUAGAUGGAGCUGUCAUCAUUUCUACACCACAAGAUAUUGCAUUAAUUGAUGCAGUCAAGGGUACCAACAUGUUUAAAAAAGUCAAUGUUCCAGUGCUGGGACUAGUUCAAAAUAUGUCACUCUUCAUCUGUCCCAACUGUCAACACGAAACACACAUCUUUGGUCAUGAUGGGGCUAUACGUAUGGCCGAAGAAAUGAAGUUACCUUUGCUAGGCCAAGUGCCACUUCACGCUGAUAUCUGUCAAUUGUCAGACGCUGGUAAACCUAUCGUUAUCUCACAGCCCGAUAGUCCAUUCGCAAACCAUUAUCGUUCGAUUGCAAAAAACAUUUUAGACAGUCUACCUAGCAAAUAA